AUGCCGUUCGAAGGCUUGGCAGGUUUUAAGGAAAAGGUGUUUAAACCUGGAAAAGAGGAGGUGAAGAACUCAGUGGGAGAUUCACUAGGAAAAAUUCAAAGAAAAAUUGAUGGAAGCAACUUGGACGAGGAGGACAUCGAGCUGACGGAGGAUGGACGUCCUGUGGCAUCGACCCCUCGUGAGCCCCCCCUGCUGGACUGUAGCUGUUUUGGACUCCCAAAGCGCUACAUCAUCGCCAUGCUGAGCGGCUUAGGCUUCUGCAUCUCCUUUGGGAUCCGGUGUAACCUCGGGGUGGCCAUUGUAGAGAUGGUCAACAACAACACAGUUUAUAUUAAUGGCACUCCAGUCAUCCAGAAAGCUCAGUUCAACUGGGAUCCAGAGACAGUCGGCCUGAUCCAUGGCUCCUUUUUCUGGGGUUACAUUGUCACUCAAAUACCUGGAGGAUUCAUCUCCAACAAGCUGUCUGCCAACAGAGUGUUUGGAGCGGCCAUUUUUCUGACCUCUGUGCUGAACAUGUUCAUCCCGUCUGCAGCCAGGGUUCACUACGGAUGUGUCAUGUUUGUACGGAUCCUGCAGGGCUUAGUGGAGGGUGUUACCUACCCAGCAUGCCAUGGGCUGUGGUCCAAAUGGGCUCCGCCUCUUGAAAGGAGUCGACUGGCCACUACUUCCUUCUGUGGGUCCUAUGCCGGAGCAGUGAUAGCAAUGCCACUGGCCGGUGUACUUGUGCAGUAUGUCGGCUGGCCCUCUGUCUUUUAUGUUUAUGGUGUAUUCGGGUUCAUUUGGUACAUCAUGUGGUUGUUAUUGGCCUACGGAAGCCCAGCUGCCCACCCCACCAUCACUGAUGAAGAGAGACUUUAUAUUGAAGCAGCUAUUGGAGAAAGCACCAGUAAGCAGAGCGCAACAGAGAAAUUUAAAACUCCUUGGCGACGCUUCUUCACCUCCAUGCCUGUCUAUGCCAUUAUAGUAGCCAACUUCUGCCGUAGUUGGACAUUCUACCUGCUUCUUAUUAGCCAACCUGCAUAUUUUGAAGAGGUCUUUGGCUUCCCAAUCAGUAAGGUGGGGAUCCUGUCUGCUGUGCCACACAUGGUGAUGACUAUAGUGGUUCCUAUUGGAGGACAGCUGGCAGACUUUUUACGCACCAAUAAAAUAAUGUCCACUACAAAUGUGCGAAAACUCAUGAACUGUGGAGGUUUUGGGAUGGAGGCCACUCUGCUGCUGGUGGUGGGCUUCUCUCACACUCGAGCUGUUGCCAUCUCCUUCCUGGUGCUCGCUGUGGGAUUCAGUGGAUUUGCCAUCUCAGGUUUCAAUGUCAAUCACUUGGAUAUCGCUCCUCGCUACGCCAGCAUCCUGAUGGGCAUUUCCAAUGGAGUGGGAACUCUGUCUGGGAUGGUGUGUCCUCUCAUUGUUGGAGCCCUGACGAAACACAAGACCCGCCUGGAGUGGCAGAACGUCUUUGUCAUCGCGUCCAUGGUGCAUUACUCCGGUGUCAUCUUCUACGCCAUCUUUGCUUCGGGAGAGGAGCAGGAAUGGGCCGACCCCGAAAACACCAGCGAGGAUAAACUAGGCAUUAUGGACGAUGACGAACUAGCAGAGGAGGCCGAACUUAACAGUGAGAAUUCUGUGGCUGCUAAAAAGAGCUACGGUACUGCGGACAAUUCCUCUGGACGCAGGGAGGGCUGGAAAAAGAAGAGGGGAGCUACAAUGCAACAGGAGGAAGAGCACUAUGGUAACGGGGACUACCAGGAAGGAUACCAGUGA